AUGCACGAAAAGUACGGCCCCGUUAUUCGAGUUGGUCCCAAUGAGCUGUCCUUCACGUCACCAGAGGCGUGGCAAGCGAUCAUGGGCCACCGUAAGUCGGGCGAAGUAGAAAACGGCAAGCCGGCUUUCUACGCUGUCCCACCACUCAUCACCGGUCUCAACCGAACUGACCACUCACGCGUCCGGCGACUUAUGUCUCACGGAUUUUCGUCAGCAGCGCUUCGAGACCAGGAACCGAUGAUCAGGGGCUACAUCGACUUGCUGAUCCAGCGUCUCCAUGAGAACAGCCAACAAGGCCGUAAAGCGGUUGACAUUUGUGCGUGGUUUAACUACACGACUUUCGAUAUCAUUGGGGACUUGACUUUUGGAGAGCCGUUCGGCUGUCUGCAACAAUCAGCUAUGCACCCGUGGGUCGAAUUGGUCUUUGCAAAUGUCAAGACCUCGGCUAUGCGGUCUGCACUUGCUCGGUUCCCAGUCGCGAACCAUCUGCUCCCAUUCUUCGUCACCCCUCAACUUGUUAGAAAGGCGGCUGAGCACAAGGAACUUACACGAGAGAAGGUGUCUAAGCGCUUGACAUUGACAGAUGCCAGACCUGACCUGGUGCAUGGCAUGACCGUUGGAAAAGGUGGCUUGACCGUCUCUCGUGAGGAGUUGAACGAGAACUCCGAAGGACUCAUCAUUGCUGGCUCGGAGACCACAGCCACUGCCCUUUCAGGGGCCAUCUACAUGCUGACGACACACCCUGCGAUCCUCAAGACGUUGGCUGAAGAGAUUCGAUCUGCAUUUACCUCUGAGUCAGAGAUGAAUUCUAUCAACACCGCGCAUCUUCCAUAUCUUCAGGCUGUUCUUGAGGAAACCCUGCGUUUCUUUUCUCCGGCACCCAAUGCUUUGCCUCGGAUCACACCACCGGAGGGCAAUCUUGUUCUGGGAAAGAGAGUCCCAGGAAAUACCGUGUUGUCAGUUCCGCAUUGGGCCAUGUAUCACAGCAGCAGCAAUUUUAGCCGACCUGACGAGUUCAUCCCCAACCGGUGGCUUGACGACCCACAGUUCGCCGGUGACCGAAAGGAGUGUAUGAAUGUGUUCUCCUUUGGUCCGCGCAACUGUAUUGGAAAGAAGUAA